AUGUUCAGAGCAUCAACUCUCAUCGCCAAACCACUUUGCAACAACACCUCCUUCGCCAAGCAAGGAUCAUCAUUCCUUCUCUUCUCCCAACAACCACAAUACAGAAAUUAUGCUGCUCAAACACCAACUGAGAAGGGAUCCAUUGCUGUUUUAUUGAGUGGAUGCGGUUAUCUUGAUGGUACCGAAAUUACCGAAGCCGUCAGUGUGAUGAUUCAAUUGUCAAAGAAGGGAUACAAGAUUGCUUUCUUUGCUCCUGAUAUUAAUCAAGAAGAAACUUAUGACCAUCUUACAAAGACUUUGGACAAGAACGAAGUGAGAAAUAUCCGUUCUGAAGCUUCCAGAAUUACCAGACAAAGUGUUCUCAAAUUGGAACAAUAUAGACCACAAUCUUUCGAAGCUCUCAUCGUUCCAGGUGGUUUCGGUGUUGCUAAAAACUUGAGCAAUUAUUCUGAAAACCCAGCUAAUUUUAAGAUUAAUCCUGAAGUUGAGAAGGCUAUUGUUUCAACUUAUGAAGCCAAGAUUCCAAUCGGAAUGUGUUGUAUUGCUCCAAUUUUGGCUGCCAAGCUCAUUCCAAAGUGUUCAAUUACUUUGGGUGACUCUGAUCCAGCCACCACCGAAAAUGCCAGAGCUCUUGGUGCUACUUGCUUGACCAAAGGAACAAGCCAAGUUGUUGUUGACAAGGAUAACAAGUUGGUAACCACUCCUGCAUAUAUGGGCAAGAACCCAACUCCUUACGAAGUUUUUGAUGGUAUUGCAUCGAUGGUUGACUCUGUCAUUGAGUUGACAGGCUCAAAGAGCGAAGAAGAAGGAGAAAUCGAUUUUGGUGUGUUAGAAGAAAUUGCUGCCAAGAAGGUUGGUAAAGAACAAUUCCUCAAGAUGAAAGAACAAAUGUACGGAAAGAAACCAGCUUCCAAGUAA